AUGAAAGCGAAUGACGAUUUAACCUCAGAGCAAUUAGGAAAAUUAAUAUCGAAGGAAUGUGGCCUUAAUAUAUCAUCCUCAACAACACGUCGUGUUAGACGUGAAAAACUAGGAUGGAAACACGAAAAUACUAGGAAUUGCCAGUUUGUUCGUGAGCCGAACAAGGUUAAAAGGCUAGCAUUUUGCCUUGACGCCUUAGCGAGAAAGGAUACGUUCGAAGACGUUAUUUUUAAAAACGAAACAACCGUCCAAAUCGAGCAAUACGCCAGAGUGUCGUUUGGAAAAGAUGGUACCCAAGCCAAGCGAAAAGGACGCCCGAAACAUCCGUUGAAGGUUUGUAAACAUAUCCUCUUGGAGAUAACAUGUGCAAAUAGAAUCCCUUCCUUAGUUCCCUUGAGUUCUCAAGCAGGUGUGAGUGUGAGAAGUGACAGCACAGAGAAGAGAUUUACAGAGAGGAAACAGACACCUCGAUAA